ACAAUACACACACAUAAUAUAUAUUAUAUAAUAAAUGCGUGUGCUCGACCUAAUUGGUUUUUCUUUCUGAUAUACAUAUUUUUUUUUUUUUUAUCGUUCAUCGAAAUUUUCAAAUUUUAUCAUACAAUAAAUGUUGCGUUUCGUUCGAAUAUAUGCUUAAUAAAUGAAUAUUUAUGUACACUUAGAAAUGGAAAAGGGAAAACCUCAUGUGGCGGAAUUUUAAAUUACAAAGUUUUUCUUCUUCUUCUUCUUGUAGCUGUUCAGUUAUCGAUUGAAUUUUGAUUUUUAACGAAAUAUUAUGCAACGAGGUAAAUACACGCGAUAGGAUUAUUAUAAAAAUAUUCGAAAGGACAAAGGAAAGAUAGAAAUUGCGAUGGAGACGUGACGAGGCCUUACAUAGGUACCUUUUUGUAAUAAGCGAAUCUUUGCAAACUUUCAAAUGAUAUGCAUUUAAAGAUGUUUGGGAAAAAUAUAAUUCAACAGCAAGAGAAUAAAAAUAAAAAUAAAAUGGUUAUUAUAAUAGUAAUAAAGUUUUAUGGCAUUGUUAUUUGUUAGAAUAUUAUACAAUUUUAUAAAUAAUAUAUAUAUAUGUACACACACAUACAUACGUAUAAUAUAUAUGGACACGUUAAUAUUAUUUUUUUCAUCGAUCUUGUAUUAAUUUUUUUCUCUUGUGUUUCUUAUCAUUCUUAUCAUUCUUGUUAUUAUUAUUUUUUUAAUUAUUUAUUCUCAAGCUAUACAUAUACAUAUAUGCUAGGGUGGUCCAGCAGUAAAGUUUUUUUUUUUUCGACGUUUUCCUCAUUCAAAAGUUACUUUGAGGCAUAAAACAAACUACCCCUAAAGCGCAACUUGAUUUAUUUUCCCAUUUAAAUAGUACGUGAAAUUAUUUUUUUUUAUUUUAAUGUACAUAUUCUUGUAGGAAAUUAAAUUUUCUACAAAAAUGCAUUGAUUCAGUUUUCUCGUAAUCCUAGUGGAUAAAAAGUUAUCUGGCUUCAAACGUUCGCAAGCAAUUUACAUCUUACCUAUGUGCAGUAAUGGGUUCAUGUGUGCUUUUACUUGCAAGUGUUCAAAGCCAGAUAACUUUUUAUCCACUAGGAUUACGAGAAAACUAUAUCAGUGCUUUUUUGUAGAGAAUUUAAUUUCCUACAAGAAUAUGUACAUUAAAAUUAAAAAAAAAUAAUUUCACGUGCUAUUUGGAUGGAAAAAUAAAUCAAGCUGCGCUUUAAGGGAUGUUUGUUUUAUGCUUCGAAGUAAGUUUUGAUUCGGGAGAGGGAAAUUUUUUUUUUUCACGGACCACCUUAAUAUACGUGUACAUACCAUAUGCAGCUAUAUUAUACGGACGAUGAAUAAAGUUGUUAAACAUAUUUCACACAGAGAAAAAAAUAAAAAAUAAGAAAAUAAAAUGAAUAUUGGUAUAACAGUGUGAUUGUCAAUCUUUAUAUAAAGAAAUUUUAAACGAAUAAAAUUAUCUCGAUGUCAAGAUAUCGUUGGGUGUGUAAUUUCAACUCGUCAACGACGCGCUAAUCGCGUUAAUCAGCCCGUCAAUUUGAGUAACUAUGGUAACGACGAGCUGCGAGAUUUCAGAUGUUACGCGUUCGAUAAAAGUUUGAUGAUUAAUUUUUAACGCAUGAUUUUUGCGAAUUAUUUAUGCGAUCCUCAACUAAAUAUUCACAUGCGUACGUACACGUACACGUACGUACCUGCAUCUCAAGAGUUCUUUAGAUAGCGUGAUGUCAUAUGUGACGUCAUUGCGGUGCUUAUAGCGGGGAUUUCGUAUAGGUAACGCGUGCAUUUCAGUCAUAAGCGAGACGCCGAGCUUACAACGUCGAAUUUUUCUUAUUCAGUUGGUUCAGAUUACUCUCCAAAAGACACCCCAACAAUGUCUCACUCAGUGACCAUAAGAACGACGACUACUACGACAGGUGGUUCGACGAUUAUUCUGAACACAUCGUACCUGAAAACGUUACCUGGAAUUUUGAAACUACUCGAAGUGUUGCUGGGAAUCGCUUGCGUUGGGAUAGCUGGUCACGAUUUCAACUAUUACGGUUCAUGGAACACUACAGCCAAGUUGUUUUACCUUCUAAUGGUCACGACGUUCCUCAUAGCUUCUUUUAUCCUUCUGAUUUCUUGUCUCGCCUCUCUUUCGACCGGACCGAUAAUAUCGAAGACGAUCUACGAGGUGAUUUUCCACUCCAUCGGUUUCGGUCUGCUGCUCGCAGCCUCUUUAACUCUUCUCGUGGAAGUUAAUCGCGGUGGUCGUUAUCGGACUGCAAAUUACGAGGCGCUUUUCGCAGCAGCGAUCAUCGGACUGGUCAACGCGGCGUUGUAUUUGGUCAGCACUAUUUUGGCGCUCAGAUCAUACAGAGGACUUUAAGAAUUCGACUUCU